AUGUCCUCUGCUCAUGAUGCCACCACCAAGAUCUCCAUUGACAAGUUCGACGGCGACAACUACGCGACAUGGAGCCGCUACAUGCGUGGCGUGUUCCUGACCAAGUCGGCGUGGCACGUGGUGAACCGGGAGACGUCGCCAACCUUCGCCGAUCCUCGCGCCAGUGACAACUACGUCAAGACGAACAACAUUGCAGGCGUGGGUCACGUGGGCGCGUUUGAAAAGACGCUGUACGGCGGGUCGCAGAAGGCUGGACGCAUCUACUUGAAUCGUCAGCUGUUCAGCAUGGAGAUGGCGGAAGGCGGCAAUGUGAUGCAUCAUUGCAACGAAGUCCUCAACAUCAGCGCGAAGCUCAGCAGCAUCGGCGCCAAGAUGGAGGACGAGGACGUGGCGAUCUGCUUGUUGUGCAGCCUCCCCAAGAGCUACGAGAACGUCGUUCUCAACUUGGAGAUGAGCAGCGCGGAACUGCGAUCGCGAGACGUCGUGAUAGUACUCACGAAUGAGCACAUCAAGACGCAAGGUGACAAGACGACAUCGGUGAAGACUGAAGACACGGCGAAGGCGUUCAGUACCGAGCGUGAACCUCGCCAGUGUACAUACUGCGGAAAAUUGGGGCACACGGCGGAGCGGUGCUGGACCAAGCAGAAGGUGAAAAUCAAGGUGGAGCUCGACGCGGCGGCAACAAUGCUCGUGGACGCGGAGCCAACAACGUUCAGUGGCGAACCAACAACAACAACGACGACAACUACGAUCGAGUUGCGUUCGCGGUUUCGCUGGAGGCUGGACUUUUGA